UUAAUAUUCCAAGGCACAAACUGAAAAUUGACUGCAGCACUAGGUGGAACAGUGCAUAUGAGAUGGUGAGCAGGUUUUUGGAGCAACAGCCUGCGAUCACCGCCACACUCCUCUCCCCUCUGGUGAGAAGAGCAGAGUCAGACCUCUGCACUCUCAGUGAGACUGAUGUCACCAAUGCAGAGGAUGUCAUCGCAGCCCUCAAGCCCAUGAAGGAUGCAACGUCUGUCAUGUCAGAGGAGAGCAGCCCCACUAUUUCUCUGGUUGCUCCUUUGCAAGCUAAACUCCUUGAUGAGACAAAGGACAGUACUGGGGUGUCUACACAGGUCAAGGAGAUAAAGCAGGCCAUACACGAGGACCUCGGCAAGAGAUACCGCAGCGAGCAGGAGAAGCAAAUUCUUCACACAGCUGCUGCUCUCGACCCUCGGUUUAAAGGCCUGCCCUUCCUGUCAGAGGAGGAAAGAGAGGAGGCCUAUGGCAGAGUGGCUGAGGCUGCCUCCCAACUAGAGCAAGAUGAGCGAGAGGACGAGGAACAAACCCCUGCUGCGAGGGAAGAGGACCCCCCAAACACUGAGGGGGAGGAGGAACACAGAGCUCCCAAAAGAAUGACUUUGUCAUCUUCCCUGCUGGAGAAUCUGCUGGGGCAGAACUUCAGUGAGGCUCGAGUGCGACAGCCCAGGUCUGCCUAUGCCAGGGCUCAGGAAGAAGUUAACAAGUACUGUAGUGCUCCACCUCUCCGUCUCUCUGAGGACCCUCUUGACUGGUGGGGUCAGAAUGAGGUACAUUUUCCUCUUAUUUCCAGGCUCGCCAAGAGGUACCUAUGUAUUCCAGGUACCAGUGUUGCUGCAGAACGAGUUUUUUCGACUGCAGGAGAUAUUGUCACUGCACAGCGCAGCACACUAUUAUCUGAGCAUGUCGAUCAAGUCUUGUUCUUACACAAGAACUUGCAAAUUUGCACAACACUCAUUAGCUAAGCACAUCUGAAUUGACCUGCAUAGAGAUUUUAUUGUGGCCUGUUUUUUGAGUUUUUGUAGCAAUGGCCUGUUGAAUGCACUUUUAAAAGGAAUUUUUAUGUUUUGUCAAAGGGAUUCUGUGCCAAGUAUUUAGUCUGAAGUCAAGUUCAUAUUUUUGUAAGUAGGGGCCACAUUUUUUUGUUAUAGUUUGAAAAUACAAUUGAGCUGUAGGUACAGAAUUAUACAUUUAUGUAACUCAGGACAGCCUUUUUAUUUUGCUGAAGAUUGAAUGUACUGUUGAGCUGCUGAUACAGAAUGAGUAUUUUAUUUGUAACUCAGGGAAAACCUUUUCAUGUUUACAAAACUUAAAAAGCAGCAAAGCACUUUUUUUGAGCUGCUG